UUAAUGUAGCGAUACUAGGACCAAAUUAAGUUCAGUGUUCCUUUGUGGAGUUUCAAAAACAAAAAAAUGUUUUUAUUAAUUUAAGAUCAAUAGACGCAAAGAGUAUUUUUAAUUUUAUCAUAAACAAGAAAAUCGAUAGAUAUACAUUAAAUGUUUUUUUUUUUCGUUACAAACAAGCAUUUUGUUUAUACAGUGUUUAUUUAUUUCAUGCGAUACAUUUACUUUUAUCAUAAUGUUAAAUAAUGUAGAUAAAUAAAAUAAAUUCUCUGAAAAACAAGUUACACUGCAAUGUUUAUUUUUUCCAUUAAUUUCAUUUUUUUUAUUUUACAUAUAAAUAUUGUUCAUAUAUAAAUCGGUACACACAGCACGUUUAACGUAAGUUAUAAAAAUGGGUAUGUAAAAUUGAUAGGAUCUAAUUGUAUAUACCGCACACAAAAUGUGUACAGCCAAAUACACUAAUUAUAAGGUAGUAUAAAAAUGCAUUUCCCGGUGUAAACCUGACAAGUGACUUUAAAAUGUCUGGACUAACAUCGAUCAGAUUAACCAGGAGAUCGGUAUGCAUAUGGUUUGGUUUCAUAACAUGCAUAGCUGUAACAUAUCUGGGAAAUAACUUCGGACAUACAACUGAAAUACCGACAUUGGAUAAAAACUCCCAUUCUGAAAUAUCUAUAUUAAAAAGUAAUGAUGCGUUCAAAAAAAUAUUGCAAAUAUACAGAACGGAUAAACAAUGUCAUGAUGCUAUGUUAGCUGCUGAUCCUGUGCGCUCAGCUAUAUAUGUAAAAGGAAGAUGUUCAGUCUUUCUCGGAGAAUAUGUUGACUUUACUGCAAUACUGUACAAUGGAUAUGGUAAACCUAAGUAUACAGGAGGGGAUCAUUUACGGGCACGUUUAUAUAAUGACUUACUUGGUGCAUAUUCCCUUGGUACGAUUUUGGAUCAUAAUAAUGGCACAUACACCGUAACUGUACAAGCGUUGUGGAUAGGACGGGCGCAGCUAGAAGUAGAAGUUUUAUAUUCAAAAGAAACCAUGACUACCGCCUUUCGUUUAAGGAGAACAUGGGAUUUUUCCAACAUAUUUGCAUUUUUUUCGUACAAGAACUAUACUGAUAAAACAACAUGUGGUCCCGAUAACGAAACAGUUCUAGAAUAUUCUAAACAAACACAACUGUGCAAUUUUUCCUAUUGGAACAAUUCACAACAAUGGUUUUGUGGGAAACCAAAAUACCAGCUUUCGUGUGACCAUUGGAGAGCAAUUACCCGUAACUGGGAUAAUUUUACUAAAGGAAUGAACACAUGUGAACAAGAACUGAGUAAAAGGGAUCGUCAUACACAUAUACAGUCUAACAUAACUUUACAAAUACUUCCAAAUACAAUCAAUGGUGUAAACAGGACUACAUUUAUAGAAACCAGUAACACCUGUUCAAAUUACAAUAAAACAAAAUUAUGGUUCAAGGUAAAACCUACUGGAUAUUACUACAACAACAAAUGGAUUAUGUUGCAUUGUAAAGGUUUUAGACACUUCCAUGGUGAGUGUUUCCGCAAUAAGACUUUACUAUUUUGGGGAGACUCGACACUUUAUCAGUGGUAUACUUACUUAAAAAACAAAUUUCUGGCUGGAAUUGAAGCUACUUGCACUCUUGGACAGGGAUGGCAUAGAUAUCAAAGGUGCAACUUCUACAAAUACAACAUGACAAUAAUCUUUCUCGGACAUAACAUCCCAUUGUGUGGUUUUAAAAUGAAAAAUCUUUACACCUUUUUUAAAAGUAUUUCAUUUGAAAAAGUCAUUGAAUCAGAAUCAAGGAAUACAGAUGAUCUUCUUCUCGUUUUGCAUUUGUACGCGCAUAUACAAUUAUAUAAAUUCGAACAUUUUGCUGCACACAUAUCUGAAAUAAAAAAAAGUUUAAAGAGGAUACUUAAAAUGAAGACUAAUAUAAAAGUGUUCAUAAAAUUACCCCAUGCGUAUCGAAGAUUUAAGGAAGGUUUAUGGAAAAUUAAACGAAACGAUUUCGUCGGGUUUAUCUUUACACAUAUCAUGCAAACACUGUUUCAAGGACUCUUGGAUAAAAUUAUUGUAUUAGAUCAGAAGGAUUCUACUAUCGCAAAGCGGAACUUAGACAUUCAUCCAUCGGACACAAUUGUCCGGGAAAUGGUUCUUCAGUUUAUGAGUUAUGCAUGUACAAAUGAUCAAUAAUAUAAACAAAAAUUAUAGAAAA